AUGGACCUGAGGUGUGCCUGGAUGCUCUGCGUGCUCUGCCUCGUCCUCACGGUGCAAUCGUUUACCCAGGAAGGGUUCAAGGAGGUGGUGCUGAAGCAGCUGGGGCUGUCCGAGGUCCCUAAACUUCAUAAGAGAGACUUGGUGGAUCUGGUUAUCCCAGACCACGUGAAGAACAAGUACAUGUCCAUGCUGAAGCGGCAGAGGGUGAAGCGCCGAGCUUUGCCGAGCCUGGCUGGCAUCCUCAGAGGGAUCCCGGGACACACAGAAGUCCUCUACUCUGACACAACCACACGCCAGAAGCUGAUGUUUGACAUGGAGGGCAGAAUACCUAAAAACAGUGAAGUCACAAUGGCUGAACUGAAACUCUUCAAAAAGCCUCUGGACAGAACAAACCUUCCUGCCAAGCAGUCUCACAGGCCUGUCUCCAACGCCAGAGUCAGUGUAUACUGGGUGCAGCAGCACCAUGAUGGUACCAACAGGACUUUCCUGAUAGAUUCCAGGCUGGUUGCUAUUCAUGAUUCGGGCUGGAAGAGCUUUGAUGUGACCCAGGCCGUGCAUUACUGGAUGCGAAACAAGAGGCGGGAGCCGAUGUUCCUGGAGGUGUGGAUUGAAGGGGAAAGGGUGGGCAGCUAUGCCUCGGAAAUGGCCAAAGCCGUGCGCUUCACCUCGCAGGACCCCAAGGAUAAAGCCCUAGGCAAGCCUGAGCUGGUGCUUUACACUCUCGACUUGGAUGACUACGGGAGCCCUGGGGACUGCAGGGAGGAGUCGGCGAUGGGGAAAUCCACCUGCUGCCGGCAGAAACACUACAUCAGCUUCCGCGAGCUGCCGUGGGCUCAGCACUGGAUCCUGGAGCCGGCGGGGUUCCAGGCGUUCCGCUGCUCCGGGAGCUGCCUGCAGCCGCCCCGCGCCCUGCGCCGCCUCGGCUCCGGGCAGCGCUCCUGCGCCGUGGCCGGGAGCUCCGCGCUGCCCAUCAUCUACCUCGUCAAGAGGGGUAACCGCACCGAGAUUGAGGCGGCCGAGUUCCCCAACAUGAUCGUGGAGCGGUGCAGCUGCGUGACGGACGGCGUGGCGCUGGUGUGA